CAUCUAAAAACGACGCGGUGCCCGAGGUUAUAUAAGAUGCACAGCGACGCUUUGGACGCCUAGUCGUGAGUGUUAUCGUUAGGAGCCCCCUGUAUUCACUUCACUAUGGCUGAUAAAGAAAAGAAGGUUAAGAAGACCAAGAAGAAGGAAGAUGCACCAGCAGCGGAAGCUGCCCCAGCUCCGGCACCUGAACCAACCAGGGAAUCACGGGCUUCUUCCAAAGGCUCUUCGAAGAAGGCCAAACGCUCAGGCUCCAACGUAUUCUCCAUGUUCUCCCAGCACCAAGUUGCCGAAUUCAAGGAGGCCUUCCAACUCAUGGACCACGACAAGGACGGCAUCAUCGGUAAGAGCGAUCUGAGGGCCACCUUUGACGCCGUAGGUAAACUCGCCAACGAAAAAGAAUUGGAGGAGAUGAUCGGUGAAGCAUCCGGACCAAUUAAUUUCACCCAACUACUAAGUCUUUUCGGUAACCGCAUGGCGGAUUCCGGUGGUUCCGACGAUGACGAAGUUGUCGUUGCCGCAUUCAAAUCCUUUGACGAAGGUGGUACCAUUGAUGGCGACAGAUUCAGACACGCUCUUAUGACCUGGGGCGACAAAUUCACGGCCAAGGAAGUAGACGACGCCUUUGACGCGAUGGAAAUUGACGACAACAACAGGAUCGACACGCAAGCCCUCAUUGAACUUUUGACCGGCAAGGGUGACGACGAAGAAGAGGGUGCCGCUGCAUAAGCAGAUGGAAAAUCAGCCACAUAACAAAUAAAAUCGUAUCAAUCAAGUUCAUCGUAAUUUUUCUCAUCAUUUUGCACAGUAUAAAAGUAUAAAUAUGUCACCGCGUCUGAUAUACUCAGUGUCACGACUUGUUUUUCAUGAAUAAAUAAACCUUCGAGUUGUGUUAAAAUGAAUAUUAUUAUAUAAUCAGCGAAGAACUCGUUAUUUUGUAAAUACGCAUGUAAACUAUUAAUAAUGUCGUUGAUAAUAAUAUAAUUAAAUUAUUCCAUCAUUAUUUAUUUA